CCUCUGUUUGCUCUUGCGGGGACAUAUAAAAGAGGGGCGGACUCCAACCAGCCGAAACGUCAGAGCGCACUGAACUAUAAAUCUCUCCAAACUGCCCUCUGCGCGCGGUGCGGUGUUAUGCACAGACAUCUGUCCCUGCAGCACAGUAUGAGGACAGCGCGCGUGGAAACUCUUCGAGCCGCAUGGACAAUUGUCUGACCCGGAGAAAUGGAGAACAAAUACCCAAAUGUGUGUUUAUCAUGUCAAGAUAUCGUCACAUGUCGGCGACUAUGAACGAUUAACGCAGUUGUGGAUAUAACGGCGCGUUGACAAGAGCUUCUUUAAUCCUGGGGAACAGCUUCUUCUUUUUUUGGAACCAUUUGGUGCCUUGCGUAUGGGCUGGAGACGCUGAUGUCUUCAUUGAACUCCUCUCGGUCGGAGAUGGUGGAACUCGCUCGGAUUUCCAACGUGGAAACGUAGCAUUCAAUUAAUCAGCGACUGCAACUGUACCCCGCGAGGCGCAGUGGCACUUGGUUCGCUCUCUUCAACACCCACCUUUGGACUCCAAAGUGUGGGAAGACGCGUUGUUUCGCCUGAUCGGAGAAUGAAAAAAAACUACUAGUGGUAUUUCAGCUUUUAUUUUUUUUAUCGUUUUAAGGACGUUUUCGGAUUGUGGUUGUUGAACGAUCCAUGCGGCUGAUUCACCUUUGGACACUAACAGAGACGGGAUUUCUGUUUUGGAUUUUAACACCAACAGUCAAGCGAGUUUCAGGUCUGCAUGGGCCAUAUUUAAGCUUUCUUCAUAGGAACUGAGUCUAAGAUGAAGUUAUGGGAUGUUUUGGCCACGUGUUUGUUGCUCCUGAGCUCUGUUGCUUCACGGCCUCUCUACCAAAACACUCAGCCAGCCAAGAGGACUUAUUUCCGCACCAGCUACAGUGAUUCUGCGUCCCUGUCUGUGGAGGACGAAGAGCCAAAGUUCCAGCGUAAAGAUCACAACCUGAAGGAGAUCUCCAUGGAGGAUCAAUAUGACAUGGCGGGUCCUUUUCCAGAGCAGUUUGAUGAUGUGAUGGAUUUUAUUGAGGCAACCAUUGGCAGACUGCGGAGAUCGUCGGAGCCCAGUGGCGCCUCCAAAGGCCGCAGGGAGCAGAGACAGAGGGCAGCAGCAGCAGCAGACGCAGCAGACGCCAGAGGAGAGAGGAGAGGACACGGCGACAGGAAGCGCGGCCGAGGACGAGGCGGAAGCCGAGGCGGGAAAGGAGGGCGCGGCGACAAGGGGAGGGAGACCAUAUGGGUGCAGACCCGAGGCUGCCUGCUGAAGGAGGUCCACCUCAACGUGACGGACUUAGGGCUGGGCUACCAGACCAAAGAGGAGCUGAUCUUUCGGUACUGCAGCGGCUCCUGCGCGGAGGCCGAGACCAACUACGACAAGAUCCUCAACAACCUCACGCACAACAAGAAGCUGGACAAGGACACGCCGUCCCGCACCUGCUGUCGGCCAAUCGCUUUCGACGACGACUUGUCCUUCUUGGACGACAAUGUAGUGUAUCACACGCUGAAGAAGCAUUCUGCCAGGAAGUGUGCCUGCGUGUGAUGUGAAGCGUCAGGCGAGAGCUGGGCGGGUGACCUUCUAGCAGCUGGUGGGAUCUCCGUUGGACUGUGGAUGUUCUCUUUGUUUUUGAUGGCGGUCAUCAAAAACGAUGCGACGGGUAUUUAACUGUACGUUUGACUUUGACACUCAGUCCUGCAGAAUCCCUGACCAGUAUUUGCAGAAGAAACAAGACUGUUACACUUUUUUUUUUAAACUGUGCCGUCUCAAAAGGUGAGAGUCAAGAAAACAUUCAAUUGGUUUCUUUUCUUUUCUGGCGGAAUUCAUUUCCCCAGGAAUUGGAUCCGUUUUUCCAGAGCUGCUCCUAAGCCUCCAGAUGAACACAGAUAUAUUUGAGAAGUAUGUUCAGCUGCAAUCUGAAUUACUUUCAAUGCAUAGUGGAUUGUGACAUUUACACUGGGAGCAAAGGGAUGACACGCACCACAGCAGAGUUAAACAAAGACUUUUUGUUGCAACGCAUCUACAUAAAAUCCAAUCUUAUCUAUAUAUAUAUUUGUAUAUAUGUAUGUAUAUGUAUUUACACACAAAUGUGUAUAUAUACAUGUAUAUAUUUAUAUACAUUUGUAUGUAAAGUCAUAUAUAUAUAUGUGUAUAUAUAUAAUACAUACACGUGUGUGUAAGAGGUAUAUUUAUUGAGAUGGGAAUUAACUUAUUGUUAUUUAUUUCAAUUCAUUUUAUGAAAGAAAUUGUAAUUUUUCUUAUUUAUUUAAACGUUUUGUUCGUCCUUGAUGGUGCCAUUGUGGAGCAUUUUCUCAUGCAAAAUUUCAAAAGGUGAUCCAGAACUGCACAACAUUCACCCACAAAUCCUGAUUCACUUCACUUAGAUUCCAGUUUCUCUAUUCAUGACACCAAAGCAUCAUCGUCAGCGAUCCAGUUAAGAAAGGGUAGUGAGAAACACAGAGGAGGGGACCAGUAGAUUUGAUUGAAUUGACAGUUGUCCUUACCUUAUUUUACACGUUUAUUUUACCACGCUUACACACAGAGGGGGGGGGGGGGGUGGAGGGGGGGCAAAUUAUUCUCCCUUGCUCUUCAUUUCCAAAUGAGUAAUCCAUAACAUGCCACCAAACAGCAGCCGUGGCAAAACAGCCCCGUUACUCCAAAGCUCACUCAGCACUCGCACCAAGUCUGUUAGAGAUCUGCAGCGGGUUCUGUCCCAAUGCGCUUUAAAGUUCACAAGACCGCUCGCGGUUUUGUCUCGACUCUGACAGACAGGUCUUACUCCCUGGAAAGGGAUUUGAAAGUGAUCCUCUAACACGAGUCUUAACCAAACAUCUCUGUUGGGCAAAGCCAUAUUGAUGGAGGCAGUUCAGGGGAGAUCCAGCAACUGUAGCGGCUGUCAUCGCGCAACUGCUGCAAAUAUCUCGUGUGUAGAGGCAUGGACAAAAAGAAUAUGUUUUGGAAUUCGAAAGGAGACAACGGGUAGGCUCACCACGCUUUCUACGUGUAAUAACUAGUUUCGGCCGAGUUUCCUUCCCAAACUACACACAAAAAAGCCAUCCGGGAAAAAAGACAGGAGGCCUUUUGAAAGCACGUUGCGGUGCCCAUGGAGGGGAUGGUUUUAAGUGGAACAAAGAGAGCCCCCGGGUAGGUCUCCAUGUACGGAUUAGGGACCAAGGUAUCUGUGCCCACCCAGCAGCAAGCAAGCCAGCUUUACUGUGUAAUCCCCCCCCCCCCCCAUACACACACACACACAGAACAAAUCCACUGCAUCAAGCUGAAUUAAGGCCAAACACUGAGGAGAAAAAGAAGAAAGAAAAAAAAAUCAAGCUUUUAUCACAGCAUACCUCAUCAAUUGGAUCAUCUUCCCGUUUAACUGAUUCGUGCAUAAGCCUUUCCAGAUGAGAAUGUGCAGCUAGGAGCCUUCCCAGAAGCCUCGGAGCGCCCGGCUCCCCUCCGAUACCGUACAUUAGCGCGUGUAAACUGUGACCACUCGCCCCAACCAGCCCCCCCCCUGCCGUGGAGGCAAACAGGUAGAAAGGUAAAAGGUGCAAAGGAAUCUUCUGUGUCGACAUUAGAGGGAUUGGAUUUCUUUUUCAACUCGUGUUGACACCUGUGUCAUGUCGUCUCACUUGUUUUGUGUUACAGAACCAAAGCUUUCUGCAAACUUUAUUUUUGUACAAUAUUCAUUUUAUAACUUUUUACAGAAUUAAACCUGUUUCUAUUAAAA